GACCAGAAAACCCUUAAAAACACAAUAAACAAACAAAAAAAUACCCAACAAGAUAGCAAAAAUCAGAUUGCUAACAUUUCGUUGGGUAUGGUUUGGCAUGUCAACUAAGUAGAAGAAAACAGCAGAAAGAAUAAAAAAAAUGGGAAUUGUGGCAGGCAUAGGGGUUUUGUUGCCAUUCCCAUUUUACUACUUGUUAUGGACAUAUCCACAGUCAUGGGUGAACCUUUGUGGGAAAGGAAGGGACCCAUCAAAGGUGAUGGCCCUUGUCUCCCAUUUCAUCAAGCUAAUUCAGUUCGUUUCUCUCUUUUCCGGUUCUUCCUUCUCUUGGCCUCCCCCUCUUUACUUUUGGCCCCUCUUUGCCUUCGGUCAGUUCCUCAACUUCAGGGUGUAUCAAUUGCUUGGUGAAUCUGGCACUUAUUACGGUGUACGCUUUGGAAAGAAUAUUCCAUGGGUAAGGGAAUUCCCUUUUGGGUUCAUUAAAGAUCCACAGUAUGUUGGGAGCAUCAUGAGUCUUGUAGCUUGUCUAUCUUGGGUACCGUUUCAAUAUAUUCUCCUUUGGUCGUUGGGCUAUCUAUUUAUGAUCCACAUCGAAUCAGCUGAGGAUGUGACAACACGUGCAAAGCCUUUAUCCUAAUAGUUGGAGGUUGCAGUCGGCUCUUUACUUAUUUCUGAAAAACGUUUCUAUGGUGACAAUUGGGCUCCUUUGUUGUUGUGAAUUUGGAAAUAAAUCUAUGUUUAUCAGGAUACAACUGAAAGCUAAAAAUGAGGGUGAGCUUCUUUGACUGAAUUGUUUUGGAUAACUUUAUUUGUAACACUCCAUAACUGCUCCUGAAUUUGGUUUUCUGGUCAAUAGCUAGAGAACAUGAACUGGACAAUAGUUUGAUCUUGAAUUUACUUGAAUAGGUCCAAUAAAUUUUGUAUGUUGUAUUUCAUGUGUUCUUUUAGUAUUAAGAUUUAAGGCUUAGUUGAAAAAUGCUUGUGAUAUCAGUAUCUGGUUUUUCACACGGUGAUGGUGCAGAGAAUUCUAAGGUGCAAGGUAGAAGGUCGGUUCAAGUAAAAUUUGAUGGGAGCAUGCGAAGUCCUUGGUGACGCUGAUUAUGUAAGGCAGAGUAUGGUCCUCUAAUGAGACGUCUUCAGAUGAGAUUAACUCGGCGAGAUAUAUAUCGAGGUUAACCUAAGAGGAUAUACUUUAUGAGGUAUAAUAAUUGUUGUUUAGUCGAAAGUGAUCAUCUUUAAGACAAGAAGCAUAAGGUAUACCAAGUAUUCAGAUCACAUGUGUGAGUAAUAUGUUAGACAAUUGUGGAGUUAACAGAAGCGUGUUUUGGUGGAACACCUUACGCUAGCUACAUUUUGUUUCUAUAACGGACAUUCAGGCAUCAAAUGUAACAUCGACAAUGUGUGGGUAAUGAGUGUUACAACAAAAA